GUUCACCUGGAGUAGGACAGCACAGAAGGCCCAGCUAUACAACACAUGGCCCGCCACUGAGUUAUUAUCCUGUUGGUUCAACAGAGGAAGGAGGCAGCAGGAGGAUUCCGUGUCCUCUGGACCCUAAACACACCGUGAGUGAAAACAAACUAGAGAAACAUCUGAAGAAAUGUAACUCCAGAGAGAAAGAAAAGCCUGUUUAUUAUGUGGAGAACAUAAACUCUGGAUCAGCUGACGGAGAGACGCUCCAUCAGGUGAGUCUGUCUGAGAGGAGCCGGACCGAGUUACAGUCUCUGCUGGACAAACUGAAGACAGCCGUCACAGGACUGCAGUGUGAUGUGGAGGACAGUGUUCUGUCUCAUCCUGUCCUCCAGGAGGAACUCAACAACCCAAAGAAUGGAGACUCCGCCCACAAACACCUGAAGCAGCAGUCCUCUCUCUUAGGUCACCUGGAGGCACUUGGGCUGCUGGGAAGGGGGCGGUGCUUCGUGGAGUUUGGAGCUGGUCGAGGGAAACUGUCUCACUGGAUCCACGAAGCUCUGAAGACCCGAGACCACCUGCAGACCUGCGACGACCUGCAGCUGCUGCUGGUGGAGCGCUGCAGCACCCGCUUCAAGGUGGACGGGAAACAUCAGGAUACUGGAGUUCAGUUUGAGAGGCUGCAGGUUGACAUUCAACAUCUGGAUUUAAGUAAAGUCCAGCUGCUCAGACAGAGGAGGCUUCCGCUGGUUGGAGUUGGAAAACACCUGUGUGGAGCAGCGACAGAUCUGGCUCUGAGAUGUCUGUUGGAAACACCAGGACUCAGAGAGGAGGGUGAACCACCACCAAAACGCCUCAAAACCUCAGAAUCAGCUGAUGCAGCAGCACUGCUAGAAUCUAGUCCCGGUUCAGACUCUGGUCCUGGUCCGGUGCUGGGCCUGGCGGUGGCGCUGUGCUGCCACCAUCGCUGUGAGUGGCGUCAUUACGUCGGGCAGCAGUUCUUCCUGCAGAACGGACUUGGAGCGGCAGACUUCUCAGCUUUCUGUCGGAUGUCCAGCUGGGCCACGUGUGGACUCAGACCGACCAAUCGGGACGGUCCACCUCAGGGUGGGACCAAUCAGAGAGGAGACGUGGAAGAGCAUGACCCGGCGGAGGGGACGGACGCUGUGAGCGGGUUUCUGUUGGCGGACGAACGCGAGCAGGUCGGUCGUCUCUGUAAACGUCUGAUUGACGGCGGAAGACUCGACUUCCUGAAGACGAAAGGAUUCGACAGCAAACUGACUCGUUACGUAAACAGUCAGGUGACUCUGGAGAACGUCCUGCUGACCGCCGUCCCAUCAAACUGAGACGUAGAGAGACAGACUACAGACUGACCACAGACCGACUACAGACCGCCGUCCCAUCAAACUGAGACGUAGAGACACAGAGACGAACUACAGACAGACUAUAUACUGACUGACUAAAGACUGAGCAUAGACGAACUACAGACAGACUAUAUAUUUAUUCCAGACUAACCACAGACCGACUAUAUACUGACUAACUACAGACGAUACAGAAAUCACACAAGCUCAACCUGAGUUUCUACAAAAGUAUUUUUAUUUGGAGUUAACAUGAACAUGUGUUUGAAUGUUUGAUUAUUUUCUAUUAAAAUGUUUUCACUUGUGUUCAGUCUGUCUGCUGAUUUAAACAUUUAUAUAAUAACUUCAUGAAGAACGCUUCAUAAAUAAGAACCUACUGUGUGGAAUCUAAAAACAGAACAUUUAGUGUUUUCAGCAUUCAACAGAUUUCAUCCACAAACAGAAAUAUGAAAGUGAAUCCAUAAAUACAUGAACACGUCUUUGAUGUGAAUCUCUUCCUUCACUGGUUCUGCAGCCGAGUCGUGUUCAUUAGUUUGAUGAGUGGUCGUUCGGUUCUGAAGCAGAAACACGUCAGUUAUCAGUUUCAAUAACAAUCAAUACAUUUACAUUAUAAAUCAUAUUUAUUGUUGUAUUUAUUUUUAUUGAGGUUCUAAUGAGAGAUGCCAUCCAGGUGCAUUGUGGGAAAUGUAGGAUCCAGUGCUUUUAGUCUGUUUUUCGCGAUAAAUGACUCAAUACAGUUAACGAUUUAAGAAGGUUGAAGUUAGAAAUGAAUGAUUGUAAAAUAAUUUACUUUUAACACUUUUUCUACAUUUCAAACAAACAUGAAAGAUAAACAUCUCAAUAAAGAUAUAAUUAAAGAUUCUC